AUGAGUGAACCGGUGAAGAGUUUGCCUUCCCCUACUUCUUCAGGGGGGCAACCUGCGGGGUCUGACACCUACAAAGGCUGGCUGUAUAAAUGGACUAACUACUUGAAGGGCUACCAACGCCGCUGGUUCGUCCUUAGCAACGGCCUUCUGUCAUAUUACAGGUAAUUGAUAGCAGCUAGCUACGCUAUCUACUGUUAAACGUCAAAUCAGGCUAGCUAGCACUGCGUUAAUCCUCCUAGCAAAAUCAAGUGCAGUUUCAAACCAAUCCCAUAGUGACUGUAAUUUUAGAUGAAUCAUGUAGUUGACAGUCUAUAGACUGUGCUUGACGUGCAUAAUUAAUAUAAAUGCCGUAGCUUUUUAACUAACUUAGCUAGCUAGCUAGUUAUGCCAAUAUUACUCACCAAAACAAGUAUCUUAUCUGUUUAGCUAUGUGGCAAUUGAGAACAGCAUGCCAUGAGCUUCAACCCAUUCCCACAGGAAGGCAAUUCUCUAGUCACAGUCAAUGACAUGGCAUAAAUGCAGAAUGAGCUAGCUGGACACAAUUAGCCAAACCCCCCAAAAUAUCUAGCUAGCUAGAAAUGUAUCAGACUCCAAAUGAGUGAAUAUAUAUUUUCGCCAAUAUAUGAUAUAGUCAUUGAUAUUUUGGCAAAUUUCAUGUAGAGAAUUGUUAUAGAUGAAGCUGUGAAUAAUAUUUUAAGAUUUUUAGAUAAUAUUUUGGAACAGUUUUUACUUAUUUAUACCUAGAUAUCUUCUAUUCCAGGAAUGACUGUCAUUGUAUGUAGUGUAGUAUGCUCUAUGUAACAAGUAGGGGACCUACCUACGUCCUAACAUUUCAGUAUGAUGAUGAUAAUGUAUGACAUGUUUUACCUGAUGCAUCAUGAUGCUUUAGAAAUGUGUGAAUGUGUGGUCCACUGAUUCAGUAAAGGCCAGUUGUUAGGCACACUUCCCUAAAACCAGUUAAUAGUGAGUGAUGUCAAUCAAUGUUAUGCACUUUAAUUCUGCAUAAGUGUGCGUGCGUGCGUGCGUGUGUGUGCGUGUGUGUGUGUGUGCGCGUGCGGGCACACUUGGGCAUCAGCACUUACCCCGGCUGCCCUACAGUCUCGGAUGGGAAUGCACGGCUCUGCUGUUACGUCAUUCACAACAAAGAGAGAUGGACACAGAUAGAGAAAGUGAAAUGCACAGAGGCAAGGACUGGUGGUGAAUUCAAAAACUUCCAUUCAGUCAUUCAGUACCACAGACAUACUCCAGCAACUGUAGCCUCCCCAAGGCUCCUUGGAGGGCAUACCGUUUCAACACAGACUUAGAGCCUAAUGGAGGAGCUGUCGUGUUCACUGUGUUUGUAUAUACAGUGGGGAAAAAAAGUAUUUAGUCAGCCACCAAUUGUGCAAGUUCUCCCACUUAAAAAGAUGAGAGAGGCCUGUAAUUUUCAUCAUAGGUACACGUCAACUAUGACAGACAAAAUUAGAAAAAAAAAUCCAGAAAAUCACAUUGUAGGAUUUUUAAUGAAUUUAUUUGCAAAUGAUGGUGGAAAAUAAGUAUUUGGUCAAUAACAAAAGUUUCUCAAUACUUUGUUAUAUACCCUUUGUUGGCAAUGACACAGGUCAAAUGUUUUCUGUAAGUCUUCACAAGGUUUUCACACACUGUUGCUGGUUUUUUGGCCCAUUCCUCCAUGCAGAUCUCCUCUAGAGCAAUGAUGUUUUGGGGCUGUCGCUGGGCAACACGGACUUUCAACUCCCUCCAAAGAUUUUCUAUGGGGUUGAGAUCUGGAGACUGGCUAGGCCACUCCAGGACCUUGAAAUGCUUCUUACGAAGCCACUCCUUCGUUGCCCGGGCGGUGUGUUUGGGAUCAUUGUCAUGCUGAAAGACCCAGCCACCUUUCAUCUUCAAUGCCCUUGCUGAUGGAAGGAGGUUUUCACUCAAAAUCUCACGAUACAUGGCCCCAUUCAUUCUUUCCUUUACAUGGAUCAGUCGUCCUGGUCCCUUUGCAGAAAAACAGCCCCAAAGCAUGAUGUUUCCACCCCCAUGCUUCACAGUAGGUAUGGUGUUCUUUGGAUGCAACUCAGCAUUCUUUGAGUUUUGACCAAAAAGUUCUAUUUUGGUUUCAUCUGACCAUAUGACAUUCUCCCAAUCCUCUUCUGGAUCAUCCAAAUGCACUCUAGCAAACUUCAGACGGGCCUGGACAUGUACUGGCUUAAGCAGGGGGACACAUCUGGCACUGCAGGAUUUGAGUCCCUGGCGGUGUAGUGUGUUACUGAUGGUAGGCUUUGUUACUUUGGUCCCAGCUCUCUGCAGGUCAUUCACUAGGUCCCCCCGUGUAGUUCUGGGAUUUUUGCACACCGUUCUUGUGAUCAUUUUGACACCACGGGGUGAGAUCUUGCGUGGAGCCCCAGAUCCAGGGAGAUUAUCAGUGGUCUUGUAUGUCUUCCAUUUCCUAAUAAUUGCUCCCACAGUUGAUUUCUUCAAACCAAGCUGCUUACCUAUUGCAGAUUCAGUCUUCCCAGCCUGGUGCAGGUCUACAAUUUGGUUUCUGGUGUCCUUUGACAGCUCUUUGGUCUUGGCCAUAGUGGAGUUUGGAGUGUGACUGUUUGAGGUUGUGGACAGGUGUCUUUUAUACUGAUAACAAGUUCAAACAGGUGCCAUUAAUACAGGUAACGAGUGGAGGACAGAGGAGCCUCUUAAAGAAGAAGUUACAGGUCUGUGAGAGACAGAAAUCUUGCUUGUUUGUGGGUGACCAAAUACUUAUUUUCCACCAUAAUUUGCAAAUAAAUUCAUAAAAAAUCCUACAAUGUGAUUUUCUGGAUUUUUUCUCUCUCAAUUUGUCUAUCAUAGUUGACGUGUACCUAUUAUGAAAAUAACAGGCCUCUCUCAUCUUUUUAAGUGGGAGAACUUGCACAAUUGGUGGCUGACUAAAUACUUUUUUCCCCCACUGUAGCCUAAUGGGUUUUAUGCAUUGCUCCUUUGUAGAUUUAACUAUACUUUCUCUCUCUUUCCCCUCUCCUCUGUGGCAUGUGUGUUUAUGUAACUGUACUCUUGAGUACCACCACUGUAUAAAGAGUUUAUGCCCUAACCAACGCAUGCACAUUGCACCGACAUGCACACACGAACACACUUACAAGCACUCACAUCAGCUAUGCUCAAGUAUGCAGGUGUAACAAACCGUGAGAUACUUCUAUGAAAUAUUAAAACAUUGCAUGUGUGUGGAUUUGUGCGUGUAUGCAUGCCCUGUUAUGUGUCAUUUCUGUCUUUCUAGAACUAGAUGUAGUCAGCAGCCUCUUCUCCCCUGUCUCUGUGUGUGUACGUGUGUUUGUGUGUGUGUGUGUGUGUCUCUGUGCAUUAGGACUCAGGCAGAGAUGGCCCACACUUGCCGUGGCACCAUCACCUUGGCGACGGCACACAUUGAAGUGGGUGACGCCUGCCACCUGGUGCUGACCAGCGGAGGGCGGAACUACCACCUGAAGGCCACUUCCGAUGGGGAGAGUCAGCGCUGGGUCUCGGCUCUCCAACAGGCUAAGGCCAACACCACUCACAUGAUGCACCAAUCAGGUGCGAGCCAGAGGAAAUCAUAUUUGGGAGGAUUGGGAGGUUUUAAGUGGGAGAGUGGAUAAAGAAUGCUUAGCUUCAUAUAUAUUUAGAAAUAAGGAAAGUAGGACAAAACUAUAUUAAUUGUGGCUAUACUGCUGUACAGAACACAUUGAUUUGUGACCCUGUUGAAAGGAAUUGGACUAUAGAUUAUGAAAAAAUGAUGUCAAAUCAAUAUGAGACGCACUGGGAUAUUUGACCUUAGUGCUUUCUUCUCAUUCAAGGUGAAAAUGUAUAUUGGGACAAUGACUAAACUUUAAAGCAUCCACUACUUUUCUGAAAAUUAUAAGGUUUAGGACCUGAGGUAAACACAUUUUAAUGUAGCAUUCUAUGUCAAGGUUACCAGUGUCAUUCAUGCAUCAACCACAAGGUGGUGCACUUGCUCAAUAAAUGGGACAAGUAUUCAAGUUUUCUCUAUAUAUAAUGCAACAUUUAAAUAUAAUUAUUUUGGUGGUUUGUUGUCUGUUCCCUUAAAAUCUUCCAAUGCUAUCAUGUGGCCUUUCUGCACAUUGCAUUGCUAAGUGGGCACACUGCUCUAGUGUCCUUUAAAAUAAAUUGGCUUGAUUGAACUGUCUAAUUCUGAGCUAUGACUCCACCAAUUGCUGGUCUCAGUCCAGGUCUCUGAUUUGCACUUCGUGGGUAUGUGGAAAUUAGGGUGACUGCCAAGGAUGGUGCAAAAUGACCGUUUGUAAUGGCGACCCAGUCUCUCUCGCCUACUCACUUUCUUCUACUCACUCUUUCACAUCUAAUUUCCAUCUUCCCUCACAUACACUACCAGUCAAAAGUUUUAGAACACCUACUCAUUCAAGGGUUUUUCUUUAUUUUUACUAUUUUCUACAUUGUAGAAUAAUAGUGAAGACAUCAAAACUAUGAAAGAACACAUAUGGAAUCAUGUAGUAACCAAAAAAGUGUUAAACAAAUCAAAAUAUGUUUUAUAUUUCAGAUUCUUCAAAUAGCCACCCUUUGCUUUGAUGACAGCUUUGCACACUCUUGGUAUUCUCUCAACCAGCUUCAUGAGGUAGUCACCUGGAAUGCAUUUCAAUUAACAGGUGUGCCUUCUUAAAAGUUAAUUUGUGGAAUUUCUUUCCUUCUUAAUGCGUUUGAGCCAAUCAGUUGUGUUGUGACAAGGUAGGGGGGUAUACAGAAAAUAGCCCUAUUUGGUAAAAGACCAAAUCCAUAUUAUGGCAAGAACAGCUCAAAUAAGCAAAGAGAAAUGACAGUCCAUCAUUACUUUAAGACAUGAAGGUCAGUCAAUACGGAACAUUUCAAGAACUUUGAAAGUUUCUUCAAGUGCAGUCGCAAAAACCAUCAAGCGCUUUGAUGAAACUGGGGGUGUUUACAGAAGAUAGCCCUAUUUGGUAAAAUACCAAGUCCAUAUUAUGGCAAGAACAGCUCAAAUAAGCAAAGAGAAAUUACAGUCCAUCAUUACUUUAAGACAUGAAGGUCAGUCGAUACGGAAAAUGUCAAGAACUUUGACAGUUUCUUCAAGUGCAGUCGCAAAAACAAUCAAGCGCUAUGAUGAAACUGGCUCUCAUGAGGACCACCACAGGAAUAGAAGACCCAGAGUUACCUCUGCUGCAGAGGAUAAGUUAAUUAGAGUUACCAGCCUCAGAAAUUGCAGCCCAAAUAAAUGCUUCACAGAGUUCAAGUAACAGACGCAUCUCAACAUCAACUGUUCAGAGGAGACUGUGUGAAUCAGGCCUUCAUGGUCGAAUUGCUGCAAAGAAACCACUACUAAAGGACACCAAUAAGAAGAAGAGACUUGCUUGGUCCAAGAAACACGAGCAAUGGACAUUAGACUGGUGGAAAUGUGUCCUUUGGUCUGGAGUCCAAAUUGGAGAUUUUUGGUUCCAACCGCCGUGUCUUUGUGAGAUGCGGUGUGGGUUAACGGAUGAUCUCCGCGUGUGUAUUUCCCACCGUAAAGCAUGGUGUGGGGUGCUUUGCUGGUGACACUGUCUGUGAUUUAUUUAGAAUUCAAGGCACACUUAACUAGCAUGGCUACCACAGCAGUCUGCAGCGAUAUGCCAUCCCAUCUUGUUUGGUCUUAGUGGGACUAUCAUUUGUUUUUCAACAGGACAAUGACCCAACACACCUCCAGGCUAUGUAAGGUCUAUUUUACCAAGAAGGAGAGUGAUGGAGUGCUGCAUCAGAUGACCUAGCCUCCACAAUCCCCCGACCUCAACCAAAUUAAGAUGGUUUGGGAUGAGUCGGACCGCAGAGUGAAGGAAAAGCAGCCAACAAGUGCUCAGCAUAUGUGGGAACUCCUUCAAGACUGUUGUAAAAGCAUUCCAGGUGAAGCUGGUUGAGAGAAUGCCAAGAGUGUGCAAAGCUGUCAUCAAGGCAAAGGGUGGCUAUUUGAAGAAUCUCAAAUAUAAAAUAUAUUUUGAUUUGUUUAACUUUUUUGGUUACUACAUGAUUCCAAAUGUGUUAUUUCAUAGUUUUGAUGUCUUCACUAUUAUUCUACAAUGUGGCCUCCUGUAGCUCAGUUGGUAGAGCAUGGCGCUUGCAACGCCAGGGUUGUGGGUUCGAUUCCCACGGGGUGACAGUAUGAAAAAUGUAUGCACUCACUAACUGUAAGUCGCACUGGAUAAGAGCGUCUGCUAAAUGACUAAAAUGUAAAUGUAAAAACCCUUGAAUGAGUAGGUGUUCUAAAACCUUUGACCGGUAGUGUACCUGCUCUCGAAUUUCCUCUCUACCCCUCUCUCUGUCUCUCCCUCCCUCUCCCUUUUUUCUGAAUAUGACGACAGCCAGAGUUGAAUGAAGUGAUCUUCCAGCAUUUUAACUCCUCCUCCCACUCCGCUAUGGAGAGGGAAAGAGAGGAGGAAGCAAGAGAAGGUGAAGGAGAGAGAGGCAGGGGAGAGAGAGGGAGGGUUGCUUCAUAUUUACAUUGAGACAAUUUUCUCUCCGUCUGCACUGUAAGGAGAAGAGAAAGAGAUUUGAAUGCAGCCUCCGUAAUGAAUUUUCCUCUGUAAGUAUUUAUUACCUGCAAUAAUUAUAUUGAGGACAGAAAUGUCAAGUAAGCUAUAGUGGAGGGGUGUGUGUGUGUGUGUGUGUGUGUGUGUGUGUGUGUGUGUGUGUGGAUUCAUUCCCUGUGUUGUAAUGUAAUGUGUUUUUCUUUUGUCAUGCUAAUUCACUUUGACAGUAAGUGGGGUAGGCUUAUUUCUGGAUGGGACUUUACUAGUGUGUGUGUCUAUGAACUGUGAUAGAUUUCCCAGUAGUGUUGCACAAGACUGAUGAGCUGAACACCAAUCAACCUCAUUGGGGCCCUUGUUUAAUUUUUCAGCUGCACAAUGGGACAAGUGUGAUUUACCUGCUACUUUGUUAUUUGGCAUCUUUUAUAUGUUCGCUUUUCUUGGCGGAGAUGCUGAGUCAAAGCUCCCUCUUUUUCCUCCUUACUGAUUUGAACUGACCUAAAUAUGAGAGAUAAUGGUGGUAAUAGGUCUAUUAAAUGUAAAGCAUGUUUUUCUACAGAUAGGGUUUAUGACUGAUUUUCUCGGGGCUCUGCAUUCAUAGGAGAGGGGUGGGCCUCUGCCUCUGUCCCCAGUAUUCUUACCCUCUGGAAGGUUUGUUUGUCUGUGUAUGCUUGUGUGUUUAUGGACAUGGGUUUGAACUUUAAAGUCCUCUGUUGCUUUGACCAUUAUUUAACAAGUCAGUUAACAAAUUCUAACAGUCUGGCAAAUGGUGAGUCAGGCAAGUCAGUUAAGAACAAAUUCUUAUUUACAACAUAUUCUUAUUUACAAUAACAGCCUGGCAAGUGGCUAGGGUCGGUGCAGCCAAACAAACAUAUGUAGCAAUUAAAGCUAGGCUAAGUCAACAGGAUUUGAAGGGUCUGAGCCCAUUUAGAUGGUUUUACAUUUUCCCAUGGCUCAGAAAGACUGCUUACACUACAGAAAUGCAGUACAGUGGACACUGAUGGUGCAAUAAUGGUUAUGUCAGUAAACGUACAGUUAUGACUAUAACUACUGUUCCCUGAAGGAGGGAAAUGAGGUAGAACACAGCUAUGGGGAGUUCGCGGGCUAGCGCCCUCUACUGAAGAACAUUAGAAUCACGCCUGACAAGGCCAAUGAACACCGUGCCUCACCGGAAGCCCCGCCUUCCACUGGUGAUAAACCCGAGGCACGGAUGAAUUCCUUCAAUUCAGUAUCGCUCUUCACUGAGCCCAGAACUAGGCAGUGCGAGGCCAAACGUGUUCUACCUCGUUUCCCUCCUUCAGGGAACAGUAGUUAUAGUCAUAACUGUACCUUCCCUUUCAGUCUAACAACAUAGCUAUGGGGACAUGAAAUCAAUCCCUAAGCCGACCCCAGCGGACAACAAAUGAAAUGGCCCACUGCAGACCACCCAGAGCCCGUAAUGAAAACCUGCGGUACCUGGUUAUUGUUCAAUCUGCGCGCUGCUUAAUGACUCUCUUCUGCCCCAGCCGUUAGGUAAUCCCUGCCUUUUUGCUGUCAUAUGCCAGAGAAAUAGCCUCCACAAUCCAGUGGGAGAGACGCUGCUUAGAAAGCGCUCUGCCAUGAGUCGGAUUAGCAAAUCAGACACAAGUUGGUUACACAAACGGACACCCCUGGUUCGCUCAAUGUACAUGCGUAGCUCUUGUACCAGACACAGGGCAUGUAACCUCCACUGCUCCUCGGAAGCAAACGGAGGAAGCGAAAAGCUCAAAAGCUAGAGACCUGUAGGACAUAGUCAUGACCUUAGGGGCGAAGGCCGCAUUAGGACGCAAUGUCACCUUCAAGUCGCCAAGGGCGAACUUCAUACAGGAGGGGUGAAUGCAUAACACGUGGAGAUCUCCAACGCGUUUAGCCGAGGCUAAAGCCACAAGCAGGGCGGUCUUGUAGGAGAGGAUCUUCAGAUACACAGACUCCAUUGGUUGAAAGUGGGCUCACACAGCACAUCCAAAACCAAAGCCAAAUCCCAAGUGGGCACAAUAGGUUUACAAACUGGCCUCAGACAGCGCACAGCUUUUGUAAAAGCUGCACCGCCAGGGGAUGAGCCGCUGGAGCGGCACCAUCAAUUCCCACAUGACAUGCUGAAAUAGCUGCCAUUUACACCUUCAUAAAAAUGUCCACCAGAGAGCUCUGAAAAGGAACAAUUCCUUUAUUUUGUCACCAAUGCUCGAACACUUAUACUCAUACAACCCUCUCGUGGAGGGUGACCUUGCGGACUGUAUAGUAGUGUUAGCGUUACAAAGGUAAACCCUUUGCCAUAAGAUUGGACCUUUAAGGGUCCAAGCCCACAGACUCCAAAUCUCUGGCCGUGGGUGCCAGACCUGCCCAUGUGCCUGGGACAACAGGUCCCUGCGCAAUGGGAGUUGCCACGGGUCCCCGCCUAAAAGGCAAAUGAUCUCCGCGAACCAAGGUCAUUUGGACCAACGGGGAGCCACAAGGAUCAAAGACCUCCAGACGCACCCACUCCAGCAUGGGCUGAAUCAGGUCUACUUGGGGAAAUGUGCAAAGGAGUGUCUGAGGCCACUAGCGUCCGAGGCCACUGGUGCGUGAGAGCAUCCGUUCCCAGCAGAGCACAGGUCCCUUAUUGAGAAAAACAGCCGACCAUACGCAAAGAUCUAUGUCGACCCUGGGAGACCCCUGAGAACUGGACCCCCCCCCAGAUAUCAGAUUCGCACCCAUGUUGAGCCGCCUGGGAAGAUGCGUCGCCCGGAGCAAGGGAAAGUGUGCACUGCUCCACAGCAGUAGGGAGUGAGCUAAGGAUAAGAGGGGUCGAGACCGCACCCCUCCCUGUCUGUUGAUGUACGCUCCCACUGUCCCGCUGUCGGUUCUCACCAGCACAUGCUGGCCGGCCAACAACGGGACAAAGCGCAUGAGUGCUAUGUACACCAUCAAAAGCUCCAGGUAACUGAUGUGCGACACUGUCCACAACCCCUGAAUUAAGCUUCCCUCGCACGGCAUCUGUUGUGAUCACCUUACGGGUCCCUCCACCGAACCAGAGCCUGUAGGCAGGACGGGGACACCUGGAGUGAGCCGUUUAGGUGGGCCGAUGCGUCCAAGCGAGUGUCUAUCGCCUACUGCUGGAAAGGUCGCAUCAGCAACAGCCCAGAGGGAACCACUGCUAUCAUAGAAGCCAUCAUCCCUAAUAGGUGCAGGCACUGGUGAAAACGCAAUAGGUGACCUAGCCAAAAUUGGACCAAGCAAAGCCGUAAACCGGCCUCUCUCUGCGGGGACAAGAAGGCACGAUUCUCGACUGAGUCUAACUCGAGACCCAGAGACGGAAUGCGCUGAGAUGGAGUCAAAUAGCUCUUCUCUUGAUUCACUAUGAAACCCUGAGACUGAACAUGGGAAACCAGCAUGGAUGCAUGUAACACCACAUGCUCCCUCGACUCCGCUACCACCAGCCAUUCGUCCAGGUAGUCCAAUAUACUGAGCCCCAGACAUUGCAUAGGUGCCAAACUCGCCUCCACAACUUUAGUGGAAGUGUGAGGCGAGAGGGAAAGCCUGAAAGGGAGGACCAGAACUCGUAGGCUACUGCCUUGAAAUGGAAACUCAGGAACUUUCCUGUGAGGGGGAUACAUGGCCACAUGAAAGUACUCGUCCUUCAGGUUGAUGGAGGUGAACCAAUCGCCCGGGUGCACUGACUAUAACAACCGGUUGUUCGUGAGCAUUCUGAAUUUGUAGACCCUGAAGUGGAUUUAUCCCCUGUGGAAGGUGGGCUUCCGGUGAGGCACAGUGUUCAUUGGCCUUGUCAGGCGUGAUUCUAAUGUUCUUCAGUAGAGGGCGCUAGUGUACAAACUCCCCUUAGCUGUUUUGUACCGAGUUGACCGACUGAAAGGGAACUAGCUACAUUACUCUCACAAAGUUGUGUUGUACCGAGUUGACCGACUGAAAGGUAACUAACUACAUUACUCUACCAAAGCUGUGGAUUUUAAUUGAGUAUCAGUCUUAUGGUCUCUGCUCUAAUUCCCUGGUCACUGAGGUUGGGCACCAGUAAGGAGCUGCCACCAUAUUAAGGAGCUGUAAAUCCGAACAGUGACUGAUAUUGUUCUGGUAUUGUUCUGUCCCAUCAGAAGUUCACCAGAUUGGGGUUUAGAUUGGGGUUUACUGAAGUCAUUUGUGUGUGCGUGUACGAGCGUGCUUGCGAGCGCAAGAGUGUACUGGCUAUAUAGGCUAUGUGUGUGUUUGUGUGUGAUCGGGUUUUGGAUGAUUGAUUAUUAUAACUACAGAGGUCUUCUGUAAUGACAUCAUAGGUGAUAAUAGAUUUGCACGGCAGUUAUUUUAAAUGGAUUGUAGCUCUGCUGCGAUCUACAUCAUCUGUCAGGGUCUUAAUGUAUUCUAGUAACAGCAGCAGUCUCUCCUCUUCCUGGCAUCUUUUCUGUCUCCGUCCCUAUUGUGGGUGCCCUCUCCAUCAGCUGUAGGGGUGGAUCAUAGUGAGUCACACACAAGUCAUUCAGAUGUCUCAGGAUCAGGGCCAACAAGCGCAAUCUCCAACAAUUAUCUGCUGACGUGUGACUGAUGUGUACUUAACGAUCGCACACACAAACACACCAUGCAGCCCUCCUCCUGUCCUAAUGUAUUGCAGAUAUUACUCACAGUCCAUUUAGACUACAUUAUCACAGUAUGUGUCUUAGCAGGGGUGUGCCUCUUCAUACAGACAUGUUUUGGUGACUAUGUAGAUGCAGUUGUAAACUACCUGGUGUCAUAGCACUACCAUGUAUCUGUGUGUGUGUGUGUGUGUGUGUGAGUGAGAGAGAGAUAUAUAUCUCCUGGGCACUCUUAUUUUUCUCUCUCCCCCUGUGCUGUAUAUGGGUCAUCGGACCAAUGCAGAUGCCUGAAGGAGUUUUUACUCUCUCAUUUUUAGUUCUUCACUGUGCACUGGUGCUCCAAGGCUAUCUGCCUGACACUGGCCUAGAUUCAGAAAACCUACCUGCCUGAAUGGGAGAUUGUAGCUUAUAUAUGAAUGCAUGUGUCACGUGAAGCAGGCAAAUGCAGAAGAUGAUGGAUUUGGCCCAGAUCUGGGUUUUUGCGGUAGGACCUACUGUAGGCAUUUGUGAUAUUUACAUUGUUUAUGCUGACAUUUACUCACAACCACUGGAGUCACAACAGUUUGACCCAGUUGUAGAAAUAUCCCUAUGCAAAUGAGAAGCCUACUAUUUAUAUCUCUCCAUUUAAAGAGUCAUGGUUUUGGAAAGUUAUUUGUAGAUAUCACUUGUAGUGUCAGUAGUACGUUAGAGUUCUGAAGUGUCAAUGAUGUAGACUCUAGGUGACUUUGUUGUUGUUGUAGUAUGCAGAUGGCAGGGUUAGGGAGACCUAGGUGACCAUGGCGGGUGUUCAGACACCAGACUCCAGCAGCUCUGAGAUGUCUGUAACACUGCUGCUCUUUCUCUCACUGAGAAGUCCUUUCUCUGGGCUCCUCAAGGUCCAUAUAAUGAUCCCUCCCCAGGAAUAUGUCUGUGUCUGCUGGUACUGGCCUAUUUAUUUCCUCUCAGUUGCCUGUGACUGAUGGCCCCGUUCAUACCAACACGGGAAGUGAGCAGAGGGAAGUGAGCAGAGGGACGUGAGCAGAGGGACGUGAGCAGAGGGAAGUGAGCAGAGGGACGUGAGCAGAGGGAAGUGAGCAGAGGGACGUGAGCAGAGGGACGUGAGCAGAGGGAAGUGAGCAGAGGGACGUGAGCAGAGGGAAGUGAGCAGAGGGAAGUGAGCAGAGGGACGUGAGCAGAGGGAAGUGAGCAGAGGGACGUGAGCAGAGGGACGUGAGCAGAGGGAAGUGAGCAGAUGGACGUGAGCAGAGGGAAGUGAGCAGAGGGACGUGAGCAGAGGGACGUGAGCAGAGGGACGUGAGCAGAGGGAAGUGAGCAGAGGGACGUGAGCAGAGGGAAGUGAGCAGAGGGACGUGAGCAGAGGGAAGUAAGCAGAGGGAAGUGAGCAGAGGGACGUGAGCAGAGGGAAGUGAGUAGAGGGAAGUGAGCAGAGGGACGUGAGCAGAGGGAAGUGAGCAGAGGGAAGUGAAGUGCGUCAUCCUUUUUCUCCCUCCGCUGCUAAAAAUAACCCCAGCCCUGCAAUUGCGUGGGCCUGUGUUUCCAUGGCAACCGUGGAAAUGUAAUUCACAGCUUUCUGCUGGCGAGGGGGGUGGUGGGGGUGGGGGGUUGGGGGCAACGACAGUGUGUAGAGUUAAUAUAUCUUUAUCUCUCUGCAUCUUUCUUUCCAUCCCCCACACUCACACUCUCUCCAUCUAUUCCUAUACGUGAUUUCACAUCUCCGUAAUAGCUCUCCAUCGAUCCCUCCCUUUCCUUUGUCUCCAUGUCUAUUUGUCAGUGAGAAGUUGUUUUAUAUCUGCGUGCGUCACAAUUAUAAGUGUCCGCAGUAUCUCUGCCUCAUCUUCUUGGUACAUAAUGGAAACUUAAAUGAGUGUGACCGUCCUAGGGCAUGAAAGAAAAUAACACUUUCCACCCUCAAAAUCAAUCAUAAUGUCUUCCACUUACAGACUGAAUCAAGCUAUAAGUGCUAUUCUAAGAAUCUGGCUUCGUAAGCAAAUGCCUGAAUGAAUGGUAACUCAGUGCUGCACCCUCUAACUCUGCCUUCCAAUCUGUCUGGUCUGCAGAUGACUCUGGAGACGAGGCCCCCGUGCCCCAUCCGGACCGGGCCCUGACCCAGGGGGCACUGAAGAACCUGGCCAGUAAGCUGGACGACCUGAGCACCUGCAACGAGCUAAUCGGCAAACACGGCACCGCCCUGCAGCGAUCCCUCAGCGAGCUCGAGGACCUGCGCACGGCCACUGACGGCACCGACAAACUCAAGACCGUCAACGAGCGUGCUACACUCUUCCGCAUCACCUCCAAUGCUAUGAUCAAUGUGAGGACCGACUCACUGCUGCUAACACUUUGCUAACAUUUCAGUACAACGCCUACCGGCUACUUCAAUCGACCGUUCAGUAUGACCAAUGCUAGUAGUCAAUCUAAUGCUUUAAUCAAUACAACAUUAAGAACUCUUAAUACCAUGAUAUAUAUAAGUGUUUAUUACUAAUUGACUGUAUGGUAGAGCUAUGCUCUGUAGAUGUGUUAUUGAUGUAUUGUCACCUCUGUGGCUGCAGGCCUGUCGGGACUUCCUGGACGUAGCGGAGACACACAGCCGGAAGUGGCAGAGAGCCCUGCAGUAUGAGAGAGAACAGCGCCACCACCUGGAGGAGACUAUUGAACAGCUAGCCAAGCAGCACAACAGCCUGGAGAGGGCCUGGAGAGAGGCUCCCAGCACACACCCAGGUCAGAGGCACACACACACAAACAAGCAGUCGGUUCUCUCCUCUCAUAUUUGAUAGUGCAACUGAUUAGAAAACAUUGUCUAUGGUUUAAGCUCUUACUGUAAAGGUAGUUUGGUGCAGUUUAUUGCUUGGUAUGGAUUGGAAUCUCACAAGAAGCUGGCCCUCCUUUGGUCAUCCCUGGCACUGCACUCACAGUAGGCACUGCAUCAUAGUGUGAUGAUGUCGCUGGUUUGUCUUUCAGAAUUUCAUUUAUAUCAUACAUGCACUCAGGUUAGAAAAUCCGAUCUACACAAACAAAAACACUUAACUCAAACUGUAAUGAUCUUGUGUCCCUGGCAGACGGGGGUGAGAGGACGCAGGAGGGGGAUGAGAAUGAGGACACAGAGUUUUUUGAUGCCAUGGAGGACUCCCCUGCUUUCAUCACAGUGACCGCCACUGACCACACCCAGCACAGGUCAGUCAGGGUCGCUGGGAUGAAACCCUGAUGAAGGAAGCUUGCUGUUGAAAUGUUACUUAAAUUGCAUCGGAGCCGUGAGAGUAUGUGGCUUUUCUUUUCUCAGUCAGGGUCACUGACCUAAUUUCUACUGAUCAUGGGGCCAAGUAGAUUUAAUUCAUAUAGCUAUGUAAUAUGACGAUGCUAGUAUAAUUCAUUAUACUUCUUUAUGUCUAAUGAAUUCAUUAUACUGUGUUUUGUGUAUACGGUAGUCAUAGUGUGUUUGUGUUUCAGACGCUCAGGCAGUAACCAGAGUAUCAUGAGUGGAGGAUUACCCAAUAAUGAAUGGAGCCACGACGAGAAGGUGAGCCUGCAGGCUUCUGCUCUUUACCACUCCUUUACAUACAGAGCCUUAGUAAACCAUGGACAACUCUAUCUUACCCUGUAUCUUACCUUAGGGCCUAAGGGAUUGUAUGAUACAAUACGUAAGGAUGAGAUAAGAUUUGUUGAGGUCUAUCCUAUAAUAUCUCAGCUUACCUGACUGUUUGACAUGUAUUUGUUCUCAGGACGCUGGUUCCAACAACAUGCAGCUUCGCAGAGUUAGACGCAGCCGCAUCCCAGACAAACCCAAUUACUCCCUCAACUUGUGGAGCAUCAUGAAGAACUGCAUUGGCAAGGAGCUGUCCAAGAUUCCCAUGCCUGUAAGAGAAAGGAGAACUGACUAUGCGGUCUGUACUAGUGUUUGCACUAUGUAGUGUGUGUGUAGUAAAUGCAAGCUCUAGCAAUCAAUCACAUUUAUUUUAUAAAGCCCUUUUUACAUCAGCAGUUGUCACAAAGUGCUUUACAGAUACCCAGCCUAAGCAAUGCAGAGGCAGAAGCACAGUGACUCUGUAGAAGGCAGGAACCAGGCUCCAAGGGGUAACUCUGUAGAAGGCAGGAACCAGGCUCCAAGGGGUGGCCAGUCCGCUUCUGGCUGUACCGGUUGGAGAUUUUAGAGGCCAUUACGGCCAGAUUGUUUUUCAAGACUGGUUCAUAGAUGACCAGCAGGGUAAAAUAAUAACCAUGGUGGCUAUAGAGCAAGGGUAUUCAAAUCUGCUGGUUUUCUGUUCUACCUGAUAAUUAAUUGCACCCACCUGGUGUCCCAGGUCUAAAUCAGUCCCUGAUUAGAGGGGAAGAAUGAAACAAAGCAGUGGAAAUGGCUUCGAAGUCCAGAUUUGAGGGCUAUAGCGGGUGCAACAGUUCAGCAACUCAGGAGUCAAUGUCAGUUGGCUCUAACUCCAAUGUGGGUGUGUGCCUGCCUGCGUGUGUAACCUCAGGUGAACUUCAACGAGCCCCUGUCGAUGCUGCAGCGUCUGACUGAGGAUCUGGAGUACAGUGACCUGCUGGACCGGGCGGCUCGCUGCGAAUCAUCCCUGGAACAGAUGUGCCUGGUGGCAGCCUUCUCUGUGUCCUCCUACUCCACCACCAUACACCGCACUGCCAAGCCCUUCAACCCCCUGCUGGGGGAGACCUACGAGCUGGACCGCCUGGACGACUUCGGCUACCGCUCCAUCUGCGAGCAGGUCAGACACAACGCACACACACACACAAACACACAGACUCUCUCUCUCUCUCUCUCUCUCUCUCUCUCUCUCUCUCUCGCUCUGAAACUUAUGUCUGAGAUGCACAGAGGGAUCUUUCUAGAAAUAAUGGGACCAAUGUGUGACAUUGGUAUCAACAUUUCUAAAUGGUUUGAAACUAAAAUAAAAAAAGAUUUUCAUUCAGUUCCACAUGAGGAAUAAAAGUAAAUAUACAAAUUGGCCCAUAACUCCACCUAUACAACAACAUAGGCUUAGGACUAUACACCCUUUAAGCAAAGUUCAUACAAACAUUGGCAAGUCAAAUUUUUCAAGCUCUUAAUUGUAAUUUUCAAGGACCUCAAUGUUAAACAAUAGUAUAAUUUAUAUAAUUGUACAUAUAGGGCGUAAAAUAGACCCUCCCCCCCCAAAACAAAGUAUGAAAAAAGUAGGCCAUUACCACUAAGAAGAACGAUGCAUUGCCAAUGCAUUGAUAUUCAAAUUAUGAUAUUCUAAAAUAUGUGACAAUAAUGUGAACAUUGCCUGACUAAAUAGAUUGGAUGCAUGCCUGGCGAUUCUUCUGUAGCCUAUGUGGCUGACGCAGGCACACAUAAUAGAGCGAUGAAUAGUGGUAGCAUUAAUCUCACCUUUUAAAUCUCACCAUCGCUGUUUUUAUCAUGAGAAAGUGACCAAAAACCAUGUUCUUUUUUUUAAUGGAAGGAUUUGUAUGGAAAACCAAGUUGAAGCCAACAUUAAAUGUUGUCGUCCUUGUAAUAAUAUGAGGACGACAACAUUGAAGUGGCGGGAAACAACAUCCUCACAAAAACGGAUCAAAAAUGAAAUCAGGGAUAAUUAUAAGGGAGCAGGAGAACUUAUAAAUUGUCUACAAUAAUUACAAGGACUUUUCAAGCACCAAAUUGAGGAAAUGUCUGAUUUUCAAGGUAGGCCUAUUCCAGUACUUGAAUUGUGUUAUUUCAUUACCAGAUCAUAUUGUGAAUAAGCCCACUAGGCUAUGUAAUUUGUUGUCAUUAUAUCCAGAAUAAUUCAUAGGAAUAGCGUCUAUCCUAACAAUUGUGCACACUAGACUCGGUGUCCAAACCGAGGCACAAAAACAUAUGAAAACACGAACUCAUUACCUUGAUGCUUUCUCUGGUAAAUCUAAUGAGCCCCUGCUGUAAAUCAAGCAGACAGCAACAGAUGAUCAACAUCAAUUCACUAGGGAUAUUAGAUCCAACGUGGAUCCAGCCACAACUGUCUUCAAUGGCGUAAUGAAUGAGACAACAAAAUAUUUUGGACAUUCUUCCGGAACACCUUUUUUCCAGCACUUGGGCUGUUGUUGUAUAGCAUGCUCUAUCACAACAGCUGUUCGUCACUUGACUGUCAUUCGGAAGAAUUCCUUCCUGGAUCAGAUGAUGAUGUGUGAAAAUAUCAAGGUGUAACUAAUCAGCUGGACACCAAAAGCGCAUCCAACAAGUAUUAUGCAUAAUUAUUGAAGAACCACAUUAAUGAUAGUAUCGAUUUAAGUUUUAAGUAUCAAGGAAAGGUGACUUUUGGUCAGAAGCAUUCGAUUUUGCAAUCGCAUACAUUAUUUUGGAUUUGUGUGCGCAUGAAAACUGAGAUCUCUACAAAAAACUGUCCGACAGCUAGAUCCAGGAUUCUUACAUGUUUCAAGUUCAAUGUCUAAUUUAACUGAUUAAUGAUUAAUGGAUGAUAUUUCAACAACUUACACUGCCAUAAAUGCAAGGACAGAAAAGUAAUGUUUUAUGUCACACGAUUUUGGAAAGAUCCAUCAAGAGACCAACCAUGAUAAAGAGCUAAAAAUAGGUUUUAAAUCAACUCGUGAAUUUUAUUGAAUAUAGCUAUGAUCCCCCGUUAUAUCUUAAUGUAAUGACAUGAAAAAUUUUUUGCUGAUUAUUAUCAAUGACUUAUCCACUGCUGUAACAAGUUGUCCAGUGUAGGAAAUCCUCACUAGUACCCUAGUUUAUAGAAAGACCCAGAGACAGACAGAAUAAGGUCUAGUACCCCACACACCACUGACUAGGUGUGACAAAUAGAAAACAUUUCGUAACUUUUAAACUGUCAUCUUUUUAUUGGUUUUCCGUUAAAACGAUAAGAAAAAAUAAUACAUUUCCAUGUGAAUUCACAAAGCAGCUGCGCUGCUGCCAGCAAUGUUUUGGGUUUCACAGUGCGUCCCUUUCAGAUGGUUAAGCAUUGCACCUGUACUACCAAAUCAAAUCAAAUCAAAUAUUAUUGGUCACAUACACAUAUUUAGCAGAUGUUAUUGCGGGUAUAGCGAAAUGCUUGUGUUCCUAGCUUCAACAGUGCAGUAGUAUCUAACAAUUCACUAAAAUACAAACAAAUCUAAAAGUAAAAGAAUAGAAUUAAGAAAUAUAUAAAUAUUAGGACGAGCAAUGUCGGAGUGGCAUUGACUAAAAUACAGUAGAAUAGAAUACAGUAUAUACAUAUGAAAUGAGUAAAGCAGUAUGUAAACAUUAUUAAAGUGACUAGUGUUCCAUUAUUAAAGUGACCAGUAAUUCCAUGUCUAUGUACAGUUGAAGUAGGAAGUUUACAUACACUUAGGUUGGAGUCAUUAAAACUCGUUUUUCAACUACUCCACAUAUUUCUUGUUAACAAACUAUAGUUUUGGCAAGUCGGUUAGGACAUCUACUUUGUGCAUGACACAAGUAAUUUUUCCAACAAUUGUUUACAGACCGAUUAUUUCACUUAUAAUUCACUGUAUCACAAUUCCAGUGGGUCAGAAGUUUACAUACACUAAGUUGACUGUGCCUUUAAACAGCUUGGAAAAUUCCAGAAAAUGAUGUCAUGGCUUUAGAAGCUUCUGAUAGGCUAAUUGACAUAAUUUGAGUCAAUUGGAGGUGUACCUGUGGAUGUAUUUCAAGGCCUACCUUCAAACUCAGUGCCUCUUUGCUUGACAUCAUGGGAAAAUCAAAAGAAAUCUGCCAAGACCUCAGAAACAAAAUUGUAGACCUCCACAAGUCUGGUUCAUCCUUGGGAGCAAUUUCCAAACGCCUGAAGGUACCAUGUUCAUCUGUACAAACAAUAGUAUGCAAGUAUAAACACCAUGGGACCACGCAGCCGUCAUACCGCUCAGGAAGGAGACGCCUUCUGUCUCCUAGAGAUGAACGUACUUUGGUGCGAAAAGUGCAAAUCAAUCCCAGAACAACAGAAAAGGACCUUGUGAAGAUGCUGGAGGAAACAGGUAUCUAUAUCCACAGUAAAACGAGUCCUAUAUCGACAUAAUCUGAAAGGCCGCUCAGCAAGGAAGAAGCCACUGCGCCAAAACCGUCAUAAAAAAGUCAGACUACGGUUUGCAACUGCACAUGGGGACAAAGAUUUGGAGAAAUGUCCUCUGGUCUGAUGAAACAAAAAUAGAACUGUUUGGCCAUAAUGACCAUCGUUAUGUUGGGAGGAAAAAGGGGAAGGCUUGCAAGCGGAAGAACACCAUCCCAACCGUGAUGCACGGGGGUGGCAGCAUCAUGCUGUGGGGGUACUUUGCUGCAGGAGGGACUGGUGCACUUCACAAAACAGAUGGCAUCAUGAGGAAGGAAUAUUAUGUGGAUAUAUUGAAGCAACAUCUCAAGACAUCAGUCAGGAAGUUAAAGCUUGGUCGCAAAUGGGUCUUCCAAAUGGACAAUGACCCCAAGCAUACUUCCAAAGUUGUGGCAAAAUGGCUUAAGGACAACAAAGUCAAGGUAUUGGAGUGGCCAUCACAAAGCCCUGACCUCAAUCCUAUAGAAAAUUUGGGGGCAGAACUGAAAAAGCAUGUGCGAGCAAGGAGGUCUACAAACCUGACUCAGUUACACCAGCUCUGUCAGGAGGAAUGGGCCAAAAUUCACCCAACUUAUUGUGGGAAGCUUGUGGAAGGCUACCUGAAACGUUUGACCCAAGUUAAACAAUUUAAAGGCAAUGCUACCAAAUACUAAUUGAGUGUAUGUAAACUUCUGACCAACUGGGAAUGUGAUGAAAUAAAUAAAAGCUGAAAUAAAUCAUUCUCUCUACUAUUAUUCUGACAUUUCACAUUCUUAAAAUAAAGUAAUGAUCCGAACUGACCAAAGACAGGGAAUUUUUACUAGCAUUAAAUGUCAGGAAUUGUGAAAAACUGAGUUUAAAUGUAUUUGGCUAAGGUGUAUGUAAACUUCCAACUUCAACUGUAUAUAGGGCAGCAGCCUCUAAGGUGCAGGGUUGAGUAACCGAGUGGUAGCUGGCUAGUGAUGGCUAUUGAUGGCCGUCAGGAAGUCCAGGACCCAGUUGCACAGGGCGGGGUUCAGACCCAGGGCCCCGAGCUUAAUGAUGAGCUUGGACGGUACUAUGGUGUUGAAGGAUGAGCUAUAGUCAAUGAACAGCAUUCUUCCAUAGGGAGUCCACUUGUCCAGAUGGGAUAGGGCAGUGUACAGUGCGAUGGCGAUUGCAUCGUCUGUGGAUCUAUUGGGGCCGUAUGCAAAUUGAAGUGGGUCUAGGGUGUCAGGUACCAUUAUUGUACCUCAAUUCCACCUCGCAAAGUUUGCAUUUCCAUCUCAUUUAACUUCUCAAAGUAUUGCCAUACAGGACUUCGCUGCUGUUGCUUGCAUUUGUCUGUAAUUCUUCUAACUCUUAACGACGAUGACGUAUUGGUGGAGAGUCGACUCCAAAAUAAUUGAUUCCUCUACUCCUUGCACGUCGACUCUCAUUUCUGAGUGUCAAGAUUCGAUUCCACUAGGAAUCGACUCCUCAGAUUCAGUAUUUUUGGAACGGAGAACACUUUCACAAACACUUGCAUCUUUCAUAAUGAGCUAGCGAGAGACGGAGAGAGAAGGCAGGUUGGCCACCAGGCAGACUGAGUCAGAACCGUUCACUAGGCAUAUCUAUCGGCAAUCAAAACCGGUAACUCGCAAUGGAAUGCUGUAUCUCUCAAUUUCUUGGCUUGCAAUGUCUCGCAACUUCAGUAAAGCAGGGCCUAUCAUCAAUGAAUAGGAUAUUCUACACGCAAGAGACCGAAGACUGAACACACACUCGCAUCAUUAGUAAAGAGAAAGAGCAGGUGAGGGAGAGAGAGGAGGAGGGGGCACGCAGAAAGAACCCAUGCGCAUAUGUCUUGGAAGUCUUGCAAAUUCACCAAAGUAGCCUAAAGUUCACCUCUUCCUCUCUUUUUUUAUUUAAAUUACACAACUUUCCCCAGGAAAUUCUAUCGUCUAGUUGGGCUAUAACACGGAAAAUAAUGUUUUUUGUGAUAACUGCACAGAUUUUAAUUCUGUGGGAGGAAAAAUACAAAAAACAUUGUUUUUCGGUUAGAGAUUUUUCUUAACGUUAAGGAUCCCAAUUUCAUUUAAACGUUCACACCCCUACGUACUGACGAUGUCAUCCUCCUGCUUUCUCAGGUCAGUCACCACCCCCCAGCCGCCGCCCACCAUGUGACGUCACAGCGUGGCUGGACCCUGUGGCAGGAGAUCACUAUUGACAGCAAGUUCAGAGGGAAAUACAUUUCUGUCAUGCCAUUAGGUGAGCCCUGCAUACACAGUACAUGAAUGUUCCUCCAAUAUGGUUACACAUACAGAAGCAUGUACCAUAUCUAUUUCAAAUCCAGUUGUGCCGUUUAAGAUUAGGGAGGAUGUUUUUUUAAUGAGCAUGGCCUUAUUUCUAUUACAGCAUAUUGGAUGACUGUCAUUCAUAUUCCAUUCAUCCAGCUCAAUGUAACAUUGAUAGGUUUAGGCUCAUGAGGUUGUUACAACCUACGAAUGAAAGUUUACAAUGUAGGUGCACAGGUCGAGAGAAAAAUGUGAGUAAUCAAGGUGACAGACAGUGACACAUUCAAUACCGCCUUGCACACGCUUGCCUGCAUCUAGCUGAUCAAGGGUGUAAUCAUUAGUUCAAACAGUUGCUAACGAGAGUUUCUAUUGGACAAAUUCAGGUAUGUUUAUCCCUGUUUCCUUCUGUUUAAGAAAGGUUUUUCAACAGAAUCGGCGGAAUGAAUACACCCCUGAUCACCCGCAAACACAGUUCACUUUCAUAGCAGCCACAUACAAACAGCAUGAUCACUUUGCUCGUUAUAUAAUUCCUUCUCACAUCUACUCCUCUCACCUUUUCCCUUCACUUGUAGACUUCAUUGCACAACACAACAGCUGUCUGUCUGCAAAAAAACCUUUCCAAGCCAAACCUUCAUAUCAUAACCGCUAACCGCUACACACAGCCUACAUCGUUGUGUCACCAUAUUAGCUAACGUCAUAGUAAACAUAGCUACUAGAACUAACGCGUUAGUAAACCCACUACAAUCAUGCAGUACAGUUUACAGCAAGCAGUUUAGCCGCUACACUGGUGGGCCCCAUUGGCAAUAAAUUAAUAAAACCAAAAGCUUACCUUGACUUGGAAGAGUUCCAGUGUUGGAUAGCCGUAGCCAGUUAGCUAACAUAGCAUCCCUCUCUGUUUGAGCCAGGUGUUUGGCUAGGUUAAACUAGCUAGCUGCAUUCCCUAGCUAAGUAAGUGAAAGUGUAAAAAAUACAACUAAAUAUAGCUCUCUCUCUCUCUCUCUUGCUUCUCCUUCAUUUUUAAAGAAAUUAAUUUGUCUUUCUCUCUCUUUGAGUCAACUACUCACCACAUGUUAUGUACUACAGUGCUAGCUAGCUAUAGCUUAUGCUUUCAGUACUAGUUUCAUUCUCUGAUCAUUUGAUUGGGUGGACAACAUGUCAGUUCAAGCUGCAAGAGCUCUGAUAGGUUGGAGGAUGUCCUAUGGAAGUUGUCAUAAUUACUGUGUAAUUGAGCCUCCUAGGUUUUGUAUUGAAGUCAAUGUACCCAGAGGAGGACGAAAACUAGCUGUCCUCCAGCUAAACCAUGGUGCUACCCUACAGAUUGCUGUUGAGGCUACUGUAGACCUUUAUUGCAAAACAGUGUGUUUUCAUCAAUUAUUUGUGACAUGAAUAUAUUUAGCAUAGUUUUUAUUUUUAUGAAAUUCAAUGAGGAGGAUGGUCCAUUCCUUCCUCCUCUGAGGAGCCUCCACUGGCUGAUUAUUUUAAUGAUCUCUUUCUCUCUAGGCUGCAUCCACCUGCAAUUCCACUCCAGUGGGAAUCACUAUGUGUGGGGCAAAGUCACCUCCACGGUGCACAACAUCAUAGUAGGCAAACUGUGGAUUGACCAGGUGUGUCUUUCACAUAUUUAAUGUGUGUUUGUAUAUUUGUGUUCGAUCUGUUUGUCCAUACUGUUUGUAGAUGUGUGCGGUGUUGUGCAGAAUCUACCCCGUGGUUUCUGCCAUCCUCUGCGGUCUCUCAUUAUGUCUGUAUGACUCAUCAGAUCUCCAAUCUGUUUUCUCCCAUCUGUCUCCAUCCCUCCAUGUACUGCUCUGGUAUUCUCACUUUCAACAGUGUCCCGUAUCAUGAUUAAUGACAUCCAUAGUAAAUGAUUACAAUAGACUGCUAACAUUGAUAAACUAUACAUAUUUUGUAAGGCAUGUUGUGGACAGUAUGUCAAUAAUGGUAAAGCUAGGAGAGUCAUCAGCCUGAGGCUUGGAAUAAAAUAGCCUGUGUUUUUCUCUCUGUAGUCUGGGGACAUUGAAAUAGUCAACCACAGGACCAAGGACACCUGCCACCUCAAGUUUGUUCCUUACAGUUACUUCUCCAGAGACCUCCCACGCAAGGUAACUCUAUGGUUUGCCCUGUGUCCUCUGGGUCUCUGUCAUAUAUAAACAAACUGGCAGUCCUUACCAUCCUCAAUGUCUCCUCCCUCUUCUGGUGUUGUGUCUAUAGGUGACAGGUGUGGUAGCAGACAGCGAGGGCACAGCCCACCACAUCCUGUCUGGGACCUGGGACGAAAAGAUGGAGAGCGCUAAGAUAGUGGAAAGCAGCCGGGGAUGUGGAGGGUCAGAGGGCAAACAGAAGACCGUCUACCAGACCCUCCAGCCCAAACUGCUGUGGAAGAAAUACCCACUUCCGUAAGAUCGGCCUGUCUGCAUAUUAUGAAGUCAGCCUAAUAGCACAUAAUGCACGCUAACCUAUUUAUACAAGUCAUUUGAUUCUUCUUGCAUCCUCGCACCUCUUCUUACUUCCACCUCUCUACCCGUUGCUACUCGCCCUCUCCCUCUCUGUCCAUCCUAUCUGUCUCACCUCAGUUCCUUCUCUACUCCCCAGGGAGAAUGCUGAGAACAUGCACUUCUUCUCCUCCCUGGCCUUGACCUUGAAUGAGCCCGAGGAGGGCGUGGCCCCCACUGACAGCCGCCUGAGGCCCGACCAACGGCUGAUGGAGGCGGGGCUGUGGGACGAGGCCAACGUCCACAAACAGCGUCUGGAGGAACGACAGAGGCUGGAGAGAAGGAAGAGGGAGGCACAGGCCACACAAGCCCUGGAAGAAGGUGAGGUGGGGAGUGAAAGGACUAGAUAAGACAUGUCAAGAGAGAUUACAGUAUAGAAACUAGGAAGAGAAAGUGUGACAAUUGUGAUACUGUGUAUGUCAGCAAAAUGUUACCCAUAUUGAGGAAUAUCUGUGUAUGUUUGUGUCUCUGACUCCUUAGGGCAAGACUUUGAGGGCUUCCAGCCACUGUGGUUCGAGAGGAGGACAGAUGAUUCAACGGGGGAGAGCACUUACGUGUACAGGGGUGGAUACUGGGAGUCCAAAGACAGACAGGACUGGAGCCAAUGCCCUGAUAUCUUCUAA